GCCAGCCUGGCCCGCGACACGCGCUAUGUCGCCUUGCUCAGCAACCCCAAGCUGCGUGCCCUGGCCAUGGCCCUGUCCCCAGGCUUCCUGAGGUUUGGUGGCACUGAGACAGAUUUCCUUAUCUUUGAUCCCAACAAAGACUCAACCUCAGAAGAAAAAUUCCUCUGGGAACUUCAGGCACAGCAAGGUAAAAUGGGCAUGGAUGUUGAGGAGAAGCUGCUGUUGGCCCAGUGGCCCAGCCAGGAGAAGCUGAUUCUUGCUGAGCAGAACAGGAAAAAGCACAAAAACACCACUAUUACAAAAAACACACUGGAUAUUCUCUACUGCUUUGCAAACUGCUCAGGGUUUCACCUGGUCUUUGGACUCAAUGCCUUGCUGAGGAAAGGGGGUUUGCAGUGGGACAGCUCAAAUGCCCAGGCACUGCUGGACUACUGCUCCUCCCAGAGCUACAACAUCUCCUGGGAGCUUGGGAACGAGCCCAACAGCUUCAGGAAGAAAUCUGGGAUCCACGUCGAUGGCUUCCAGCUGGGACAAGAUUUUAUUCACCUCCGCCAGCUCCUGGAUAACUACACCCUGUACCAGCACGCAAAGCUCUACGGCCCCGAUGUUGGGCAGCCCCGAAAACACACACAGAGACUGCUCAGAAGCUUCCUGAAGUCAGGAGGGAAGGUGAUCGACUCUGUCACGUGGCACCAUUACUAUGUGAAUGGAAGGAGUGCAACCAGGAGGGAUUUCUUGAGCCCUGAAGUGCUGGAUACCUUUGCCACAGCCAUCCAUGAAGUCCUGGAG